AUCGUUUGUAUGUGCAUAUGUGUUUGUGUAUAUUCGAUUCUCGUGCUAUCACUGAUUGUCACUUCGUCUACUUUGAGCGAUAGAUACGCGCGAAUUCGACACUAAAGAAAUGUGACACAUAGUGAAGCGGUGAGCGUACUUCGCCGCGAUAUGGACAACAAAAGAAUAUUUGAAGAACGUUUGCGAGAAGCGGUCUGCGUUGGCGAUACGGAUGCCGUGCAGGAUCUCGUAAACUUAGGCGUUGACGUUAACGCGCGACAACCUGUCAGCGGAUGGACUGCUUUACAUUGGGCAUGUAAAAAGGGAUAUCUCGAUGUUGCUGCCUUGUUGUUAAAAAAUGGUGCUGACAAAAAUGCACGAACAGAGACAGGAGAGACCACAAUGUCUUUGUGCAACAACCAACAAAUUUUAUAUCUUCUGAGCACUAGCAAUGAUACACGAAUCACAAGUGAUUUGUCUCUACACACUGUUACAUCUGCAUACACACAACCAGACUUUCUGCACGCUGCCAUGAAUCCUUCCAAGAUCAAACAUAAUGCCUAUGAUGAGAGCGCAGUCAUUGUGUCAUUCCAUGAUGAAUUGGUAUUGAAAAUUCGAAUUGCCAACGCAGCGGAUCCGGAUUUCGUAGAGAUAGAAUUGCCGCGAAGUGAGUUAACAUACCAAGCGCUGUUAUGCGUAUGUUGCAAAGAACUGAAUCUCACUCCACACCAAAUCUUGAAACUACGUAAAUUACCCAACACCAGACUGCGGAAGGACAAGGAUAUUCAGAGACUUCAGAACUUUCAAGAGAUCGAAGUCGUCACCGAUACGACGAAUAUAUACAAGAGCAUUCAGAACGCCAAUGGUAUCUCCAACAAUCUGCCGACGUUGACACCGGCUAAUGGAUAUCAGAGUAUAUCCAAGAAGGAUCAGACUAUUCUGUAUUGACUGUCGCGUCAAGAAAAGAUAUUCUUCCCUCAAUAUAUUCGCAAAUUAACAUACAAGCAGUAGAAAAGAUUACCAUAUGAAUAAUACUAUAUUACUUAUAGUAUAUAUAAGAUAUGACAAGAAUACAAUGUACCAUUUUAUAGAAAUAGCAAAUUUUUGUAAUUGUUUUUUAUUAGAUUCAAACUAAGAUAUUAACAAAUUGUUCACAUAAAAAAGACACCUUAAAUUAAUGGAUCUAUUUGAGAUUUUUUCUGCAUGAUAACAUUGUUAAUUAUAAAAUGACUGGGGAAAUAAAUAUAUGACAUAAUAAUUC